UCGCUCCGUGGCUUUGAGGCGUCCGUUGCCAUGGUUACCGUCAAAGAAAACAUACCUGUAGCUUAGGGUAGCUUAGUUAGCACUGUUAGCUAAUUGAUGCUACAUAAGUAUCGCUUUCACGGUACGGUAGUCGGACCAAAUGAGGCGCGGCGGGUCACCGAGGAAGGAGUUCAGACCUCUGAGUCACGCAGAUAACAAGAAGCUAACAAAAUCAGAGGAGUUGUACUACUUGGAUGUUGACCAGUCCAAGAGCUCUUCUCUUGAAGGCGGGGAUAUUCAGCCUCUGACCCUUCACCCACGGGACCUCGAUAAAAUUCAUACACCAAAACCACCCAAGGGACAUCAAAAACCAGUGCCCAUGGCUUGUGUGCGUAAGACAAAGCCUGCUGAGGAAGUUACAGAUGCUGUGCGAUGGCCGUUGACUCAACCAGUGGAUCUAGAUCCUGACUCUGAACCUCUGGACUACACAGAAAUGGAAGGGCUGCGGUUUGAUGACCAAGGGAUGGUUCUUCCACACAGCAUCCUGGGUAGUUUAGAGGAUUUCAGAGAUUAUCUGGAGGCCAAAGGGGAGACAGAGGUACAUGAAAAAAACUAUCUUGGGGGUGAAGAUUGCAGAUUGCAACCAGCUGAGACUUCUCCCAUGUGCCAAUUGGUGAAGCGAAUACCAAAGUCCCAGAGACAUAAUCCAUCUGAGGCCCCACGGAGGCAUCACACCGAAGCUGUGCAGAAUGAGCGUGGGAUCUCCUCAGGCCACAGAAACAUCCAAAGUAAUGCUCUGCAGCAUUGGCAUACACAGAUGACGCAGCGCAGGCGGCAGCAGGACUUCUUAUCUGUUAUCUCUCUAUUCAUCUGCUGCUCUUUUCAACUCCUUCAAGACCAUCUCGACAGGCCAGUUGAAAACUUACUGAUGAACCAAGCUAACCACUUCAGAGAAACUCAGGAGAAGAGGGAGUUUCUAAGCCAAGUCAUGCCACUCAUCCACCCUGGAUAUGGUUACCGUGUGGGCAGUGAGUUUUGGAGUCUCCCACAGCGUUAUGGAGAUGAAAUGAGUGGCAUCACAGCCACUCUGACUCAGACACAGCAGGGCAGAUGGGAGCCUGUCACACAUAUAGGACAACCGAGCAGCAUACGCCAGGAAUCAGGAAUAUUUGUUGCUGAGACUCUGCGUCCAGCCUCUCGGACUUGGGAACAGUCCUUAUACCUUAAGCACCAGCGCCAGGAGCUCGGAGAAGUUCUACAGGACAUGGACAUCAAAAAGCCGGACAUCAAUGGACUGGAAGUUAUUGGCUCUGGAAAGCCUUUCACUUCUGUCACAGUGUGUCCCAGUCCCUUACUGGACAAGGAGGAAGAGGAGGCAGAGCACAAGAUGAUGAAGAAGGAGAACAUUGAUCCACAGACACAGUAUGAUGAUGUUCGGUUGGAUGCUCUGCACAUUCCUGCCUUAAGGUUCUGUGGUCAGCUUGCUAGCUGGACUGGAAACUCUACAACUAACCAGGGAGAAGUAGGAAUCAGUGCCACAAUAUUCUUUGAGGCCCUGACUGGAGACAGAGCAUCAUCCCACCUGGAGCUGCACAAUGAGGGCAGCACAGCCAUCUUCUACAGCUGGCAGCAGCUUCCAGUGCCACACAGCUUUCCUAAACUACGAUCACAAACAAAGAACCUGCACUUCUACUUCAACUCCUCCUCUGGUGUCAUCCGUCCAGGUGACACCCAGCGGGUGGAGUUCAUAUUUAAGUCUGAGGAGCCAGGCAUAAAGACUGAACUAUGGCAGCUCCUCACCCACCCUUUGCUGCUGCAAGGAGCCUCCAUGCAGGUCACAUUGAGGGGAGUGGCUCUGUACCAGGACAAAAGUGCAGACCAGAAGCUUUUCAUAGAGACAAAGCUGGAAAAGACAGUGAAGGUAAAAAUGUGUUGGUCCAUUGUGUAUGAGAUGCUGCAGGGAGUCCGCACCCCAGAGAGACCCAGUUCUCCUGCAGAGCUUUAUGUCACUGAGGAGCAGGAGUUUUUAAGCAAAAACCCCAAGUUGCAGUACCUUCAUCAGCCAGUGGAGGAUCUAAAGAGACUGUGGCAAGAGGUUCAUCCAGGACAUACCUGGGACCUCUCUGUCGAUACACUCCAACAGGUUGUGCUGUCUCUGCCCAAGCAAGAGUCAGCUCAGGAAAACAGCCUGACCCAACUCAACUCUCUGCUUCUGCAGCUUUCUGAACCCUCUCAACUGAAACACCGCCAGCUAACAGCAACAGCUAUAGGGCAGCAGCUGUGGAGGAAACUGCUGGACACGAUGGCUGGUGAGGCCAUGUGGCUCAGAAACCUGCUGGGCCUUCCAGAGAAAGACACAUGGAUCAAUAAAAAGGAGGAAUUCCUGGUCUCUGAUCCCGAUAUGGCUGACAGCAUAGAUGAGAGGAGUGAGACAAAGCAAGGAGCAGCUGCUGAAGAGCAGAGCAAUGGGUCAAGGUCCAUAUUUAAAGAUGACAACAAAGGGGAGUCCAAGUCAGCAACAACUGAAAAAUCAGUGGAGGUGAGGGGACGAAAGGAAAGCAAAAAGAAAGGGAAGAGAAGGGAGGAAGUGGGGAAACGCACUAGAGAAAAGCAAGGGAAGGACUCGGCCUCUCUGAUUGAUAUCCCUUCAGACAGCAUCAGUCAACAACCUCCUGAUGGCCAAGGUGUAGGGCCGGAGGUGAUGGACAUUUAUACAAGACUCCUGCACGUAAAGGUUUAUGCUCUGAUGGAAGACCUGGUGGAUAACCUGUGUGACCUGAUGGAUGACCUUAAUGAGGGAAACACAGAAGCACUACACACACAAUAUUAACAUGUGAGAGCAGGCUCAGGAGCCUACACAUGAAUGUUUUAUUCCUAAUUCUGUCGUUUUUAUACCUUUUAUUUUGUUGUGACAUCAAUAAAGUGUUUGUUCCU